UUGGCAAUUCAGGUGUCUUUGAAGCGAGUAUCUCCACGCGGGAUCUUAUCCACUCGUUUGCUCCAGCGUACUGUAACGCAGUAACUCGUUUCAUACCGUAUCCGCCCCUUGCCAAUCAAUAAACUUAAUACAUGUCCGGAAUAUCCCGGGUCUCGCUCAAGUUCAUUUCUUGCAUUUCCAUUAGACUCCAUGGCAACUGCUUCCUCUUCAACAGGCCGACCUGAGAAUGCAUUCCAUGAAAUCAUGAAGCCAUUUGCUUCACCCUCAACGACACUGCAGAAGGAGCCCUUUGAAGUUUUUAUCAAUCAUCGUGGACCUGAUGUGAAAUUGACACUGGCCAGCUCCAUCUAUCAUGUUCUUGAUCUCCUUGGAGUCAAAGUCUUUCUGGACAUGGAAAUGCUUGAUUUGGGCGAUGUCAUACCAAAAGCAAUAGAAGAUGUAAUUCGUAGUGCUCUAAUUCAUAUUGCCAUAUUUUCGAAAAAUUAUGCGGGAUCGCCCUGGUGUUUGGCCGAGCUGUCGCUUAUGCUAGAAACAGGGGCCCGAAUUAUUCCUGUUUUCUAUGAGGUCAAGCCUGUUGAUCUCUAAUUGUGGGCUAAUGGAUUGUAUGCUAGCGCCUUUAUCAAGUAUGAAAGAAAUGGUAGAUAUGAGCCAGAGACGCUUGAAAAGUGGAAAAGGGCACUCCAUAAAGUUUCCUAUCUUUCCGGCUAUGAAUUCAGUAGUAAUGGUGAUGAAGGGAUUCUCUUAAAAGAAAUUGUAAAACGCGUACAGCAGGAGAUAAAGAAUGUGAAAGUGCCAUUCGAGGUAGCUAAAUAUCCAGUUGGACUGGAUAAUGCCGUAGGAGAGUUUGAAAUAGUUAGAUCUGCACGAGGGUAUCGAGAUGUAGAGAUUGUGGGAAUUGUUGGAAUGGGCGGCUGCGGUAAAACUACAAUUGCCAGGGAGUUAUAUAACAGAAAAUUCUCAGCCUUCGAUAACUGUAGCUUUCUAUCCAAUGUAAGAGAGGAUAAUUCGUUGCAUGAGUUGCAGAAAAAGCUCUUGGAGGACUUGGUACAUCUUAGAAAUUUACCAUUCAAGGACAUAAGCCAAGGCAAAUCUAUUUUGGCUGGGCGUCUAAGAUCCCUUCGCGUGCUCAUCGUUUUGGAUGAUGUUGACCACGUGAAUCAAUUGAAUGCCCUGUUGCCAGAGAAGGGGAGAAGUUUUGGAUCGGGUAGUUUGAUUAUUGUUACUACACGCGAUUCAGGUGUUCUUAGAUCGUGGGGUAUUUCCUCUAUUUACAAAAUGAGAACACUGGAUCCAUCUCAUGCCAAGGAACUUUUCUGUUGGCAUGCUUUCCUGGAACCUGAUCCUCCGGAGGGGGCCUUUGAAGAUCUUGUUAACAGGUUUGUAAAAUCUUGUAAUGGACUGCCGUUGUGCCUUGAGGUCAUUGCAGAAAUGCUUUAUAGAAAGUCUGAGGAGUACUGGAACUCUAAUUUAAAGAAGAUCUCCAGAUUAUUGCCUAGCGAGGUCAAUAAGAGGCUGAGACUUAGUUAUGAUGCACUGGACAAUGAAGAGAAAAAUAUAUUUUUGGAUGUAGCUUGUUUCUUCAUUGGCGAAAAGAGCAAUUUGGCCAUUGCAGUAUGGGAUGCAGCUGAGUGGAGUGGUCUGCAGAGCUUGGAAAACCUUGUGGACAAAUGUCUUGUUGAGGUCGACAAGCAAAAACGCAUAAGAAUGCACAAUCAUCUUCGAGAUUUAGGGAGAGAAAUUGCAAUUGAGUGUUCACCCCAUCGUCUUUGGUCCCCCAAGCAGGUUGACAAUAUUACAAGAUACACAGAGCAAAGAACUUUGAUCCGGGGAAUAAUGGCGGCUACAACUCAAUUUGUUGCAUGUUCUGCUUACGACGAAUUCCCAAAAUGUUGCGAUCCAUACCCGCCGCCUUUUAAAGAAUGCAUGGAUCUUAUGGGCUCCUCAAAUAUAGGAUUUAACCGCGCUAGAUCAAGGAUUAUAUUAGAACUUCUCGUUUUUGCCGGAAAUCAUUUGACCUCAGACUUCGCCGAACUAUCAAAGGAUCUGGUGUGGCUCCGUUGGUUUGAUUUUCAGCAUUCAAAUCUUCCGUCCUGGCUUUCACUAACAAAUUUAAGGGUUUUAGAGCUUUAUGGCGCAUCGAGAUUACAAGAAUUGUGGGAAAACAACCGGCAUCCUCCACAAGAGUUGAGAGAGAUGAUUAUUACUGCUACUGAAGGCAACGUUUUCCAUAGCUUUCCAAGCAGAGUUUCAGGUCUAGAGUAUUUGACAAAGAUAGCCUUGAUUUCUUAUCAUGGAGAAGAAUUCCACUUUACAGGACUGCCGGAUGACUUGUGUGAUCUCCUGUCACUUGAGCACCUGGAACUACGCCAUUGCAAAUUACUGUCAUCACUACCCACCCGUUUUGGUAACUUGAGUAAAUUGCGUCAUCUAGAUUUGGGCUUUUGCCAGAUGUUAAAGAGGUUGCCAGAUUCUAUUAAGCAGCUCGUAAACCUGGAACAUCUAGAUUUAUCAGGUUGUAAGAAGCUUGUCCCCAUGCCAGACAUUCUUGUGAACAUGAGAAAAUUGGAGAAUUUGUACUUCUCAGGAUGCCCUAAAUUGCAAGAAUUGCCCCUGCAAAUUACAGAGCAGAAUUCCCUGAGAGAGCUACAUCUGAAAAAUACCAUGCUAAUGAAUGUACCAGAUAACAUCGAUCAACUAAGCAAAUUGGAAGCACUGCUGAUUGGGAGUCCGCACUUGACAGGCUUGCCAACAUUUCUUGGUAAUUUGACCAGGCUGACUCGUCUCAAAAUUACAGGAUGCAUUAAACUGGAAUCUCUUCCCGAAUCUAUAGAGCGUCUCAAGCUUUUAGAAUAUUUAUGUAUAAAGUCCUCUGGAGUGAGGUCUUUGCCGAGAGGAUUUGGGCGACUCACAAGCCUACAAAAUCUGAAAAUUUUUGAUUGCCCGAUUGCCGAGCUAGAUGUUGGGACGGGGUCAUCUUCAUCACUGGGUAAACUCAAGGCAAUACAUCUGAAAGCAACCGAUGUGACGACAUUAUCAAUUUCUCAAGAUUGUUGUCCUAACCUUGAAAUUCUCCAGCUUGAGCUAAAUUGCCGUUUAAUGGAGUUAGAAAUCCUGACAACAUCCAUCAAGACGGUGAAAGUGUAUGAAUGCAAAAUGCUGCGCAACAUAAACUGUAUGCCAGGCCUGCUAAAGCUUGAAACUUUCGAAAUAACUGGAUGCCCAGAAAUAGGCCUAGAUCCCAUUAGAGCCACUAGGAGGUUGGCCGUAUCGACUCACUCCACAGGUAGGUUCAGUUACCUCCAAACUAUUUGGAACAGGGUAUCCAGGAGGGUUCUCUCAGGGUAAAAACAGAGUUUUGUUGAGGAAGAGACUUUUGUAAAAACAGGAUAGAUUGUUGUUGCAUUGAUGUUGUCUAAUCAUUUCUUUAUCAAGAACUUGCAAAAGGCAUUUUUUAACAAUAAGCAUAAUUGUUCUUUUCAA